AUGGAUACUAUCAGCAUGAAACCGAGUGAGAUCCCGGGAUGCGGACUACCGCCGAAAAAAAAAACGAAAGAAGUCGACGACGACAUGGCGCCGAAUGCAACUACGACACAUACUUCAACAUGCGACUACGUGCCCGAGUUCACGGGCGUGUGUUGUCCCAUUUGUGCGUACCCGAUAACUGCUGUCGACUUGUACUUUGGAACACCAGCACCGAUUGUUGACAAGUUGCCAAAGUUUCAACAACAACAACAACAACAAACGAGAGCCGUGUCAUCCCCGGUUGCCGAAAUUCCAGUUGCUCUUAUUCUGCCUCCCCCGGUUAACGGACGCUCGGCCGUGUGUUGGUCCGAUGAAGUGAAGAAAGAAAUUUGGAUUGAUCAACGCGUCGUCACUGAAUCCGGAUCAAACUGA